CGAAGGUACCAACCGCUUACCAACAAACCACUUGGACCGUGGUAGAAAGCGUCACCUGCAACAAAGCGGCUGUUUAUCCUCGGAUUGUCACUUGAUUCGCGAUAUAGACACAUUUCGACGCGUCGUCUUCGAGCUUUCGUUGGCUGGGCAGCCUUCACGUCACAGUUGCGACCCUGCUUUCAAACCCAGCGCACGGUCGCCCUUGCUCCAACUGCGGCGGCAAGUCAGUAUCACGGACGUGCACCCACUAUGAGCACAAAUCUUCAAGCAUUCGAUUAUGAUCUCGUGGUUGUAGGUGGCGGUUCUGGCGGCCUCGCUACUGCUAAAGAGGCUGCAAAGCUCGGCGCCAAGGUCGCAUGCCUAGAUUUCGUGAAGCCAUCCCCAGCAGGAACAAGUUGGGGGCUUGGCGGUACCUGUGUCAACGUUGGCUGUAUUCCCAAGAAAUUGAUGCAUCAGGCUGGAAUUUUGGGUGAAUCCUUCUCAGAUGCCAGAGAAUUUGGUUGGAAAUUAAGGUCUGAUGGCCAUGAUUGGAGUAAAAUGGUGAACGGUAUUCAAGACCACAUUGGAUCUUUAAAUUUCGGGUAUCGUACUGCGCUACGAGAUAAUAAUGUAACCUACAUAAAUGCUUUCGGGUCUUUCAUCGAUGAACACACCAUCACGGCGACCAAGAAGAACGGUAAAGUCGACAAAAUAACUUCUGAAAGAUUUGUGAUUGCUGUCGGUGGACGUCCAAGUUACCUCGACGUCCCCGGUGCUCGUGAAUGUUGCAUUACUUCCGACGAUGUCUUUUCUCUUCCAAAACCACCAGGCAAGACACUAUGUGUUGGUGCCUCAUAUAUUUCGCUUGAGACAGCCGGGUUUCUCACAGCUUUAGGUUAUGACACCACUGUUGCUAUCCGCUCUGUCCCUCUUCGUGGCUUUGACUCUGAAAUCGCCGAAAUGGUAGUAAGUCAUAUGGAGCGUCAUGGGACCAACUUCAUGCGUGAUUCCCAGCCAGUUGCUUUCGAGAAGGCUGCCGAUGGUCAAAUAAAAGUAUCUAUUAAGAAUACUGUCUUUGGCUCUGAGUUUGCUGCUGUUUUCGACACCGUGAUACUUGCUGUUGGUCGCAUGGCCGUGACUGAAGGGCUUAAUCUGGCUACUGCUGGAGUUCACGUGAACCCUAAAAACGGCAAGAUCCCAGCAGUUGACGAGGUGACUAACGUGCCGCACAUCUUCGCAAUCGGUUACGUGUUGGACACUCGUCAAGAACUUACGCCUGUUGCAAUUAAGGCUGGUGUUCGUUUGGCGCGGCGCCUUUAUAGUGGAAGUACUGAAAAAAUGGACUACAGUCUCGUGCCAACAACUGUCUUUACCCCACAGGAAUAUGGUUGUAUAGGCAUGUCCGAAGAACAAGCCAUCGAAAUGUACGGCGAAGAAAAUGUGGAGGUAUAUCAUUCGUAUUUUAAGCCACUCGAGUGGACGAUAAAUCAUGAGGCGCUUGAUGGGGUCGCACACCGUGAAGACAACUCGUGCUACUCCAAGCUCAUCACCAACUUGUCGGAUGAUGAACGUGUCAUUGGAUUUCAUUACAUUGGGCCGCAUGCUGGUGAGGUGACACAGGGAUAUGCCGUUGCAAUGCGAAUGGGUGCCAAGAAGAGAGACUUUGAUGGCACCGUAGGUAUACACCCCACUGUUUCAGAGGAGUUUACCACUCUUUCGAUCACAAAACGCUCAGGUGUUGAUGCUGCUAAAAAAGGGUGCUGAGGAUAGAUAGCUGCUGAGUUAUCCACAACAGUAUCCGGCAGAUACAUAAUCUGUGUUCUGGUUGUUGUGGUAACUCAGCAGCAAAUAAUAACUCGUGUACUUCAGAAUGUCAAAUUCCUUGUGACAAAUAAAGGUAAUAUUUGUUGCGUUAUUUUGAAGUUGAAGAACAGUGAGUGGACUGUGAAGGCAGAAUUAGAAAACGUGUAGCGCGUAGGUUCAAGCCUGAUAUUCCCAGACAAACUGUAUUAAGAGC